CGUGCAUCUCCCUCGCUUUGUCCCUGUUCAUCGUGGAGCUGUCGUGACUGCCAUCUUCAUCACUGGAUCUAACUCUCUGAAGCGCCUGGAUUUUCUUCCAAGUGAACCCUGAUCCGACGCUAAUAAAGCAGCCAUUUCAGUCCACAAAGUACUUCCUCCGGACACCGACGUACGGAGAGGGACUUCGGCACGCUUUUCUCUUACCAGGUUCUUUGCUCUCCCUGUCACGGAAUACCCUUUUAUCAUGUCCGUGCUGCUUUUAUCUUUCUUCACUGCGACGACUGUUAUUGCCGGAUUCUCGCUUUUCUUGGAUUUCAUUUAUUUGUGGGCUUUCCCCAUUAUUGUGGAUGCCGAGAUUGGUGGUUAAGCUGAGUACGGUAUGCGUGAGAUAGAGAGGUUUUGGUUCAGGUAUCAGUUACCCAAUCUGUGCGGUUGGAAUAGCUUGGCGGCAGCUUUUGCUCAGUGCCUCCAAUAGCAUUUUAUCGUUACGCUGAAGCUCCUGGAUAAAAGAGCUACUACACAUAUGAUAGAAUUCUACGGAAUGAUUUUCCAGUUAUGAAUAGCCAUUUAACACUUGGACGUCUGAGAUUCAUGAAUGCGUAAGGGUUGGUGCCCUUGCAAUAAUCAGGCAUGAAAGUAACAAGUUUCUAUAAGUGGAAGGGGAUUCACGUUUCGGUUUCCCUGCUUGCUGUUGUUCUUACGGCAGUUAUUCUAUGGACAUGGGAAGAGAAUCCCUUCGUUACUACUCUGCAGUCAGCACAAGAGCAGUUUAGAGUAAUCUCUUCAGGUAACAUAGUUAAUGGGCCUAGUGAUGCAUCUCAUUCAGGUUCAUCUGUGAAUUUUACCAACCCAUCAGCUCGUGGAACUCAGAACAAUGGUAGAAAUAUUGUACCCUCUUCGAAGCUGAAAGACUGCAAUUAUGCUAAGGGUAGAUGGAUUGCAGACAACAAUAGACCUUUAUAUUCCGGGUUCCAAUGUAAACAAUGGUUGUCGGGAAUGUGGGCGUGCAGAACUUCUCCUAGAAAAGAUUUUUCUUUUGAAGGGUAUAGAUGGCAGCCAGAAAACUGCAAAACGAUGGAGUUUGAGCAAUCAGAAUUCCUUAAAAGAAUGCAGGACAAAACAAUCGCCUUCAUCGGAGACUCACUGGGCAGACAGCAAUUCCAAUCAUUGAUGUGCAUGGCAUCAGGUGGAGAAUGGCGAAUGGAUGUCGCCGAUGUGGGCUAUGAAUACGGCCUUGUCAAAGCGCCUGGAGCCAUCCGCCCGGAUGGAUGGGCCUACCGCUUCACAAACACCAACACAACCAUCUUAUACUACUGGUCUGCCAGCCUGGCUGACCUAGUCCCUCUAAACGCUACAGAUCGAAAGUCAGACGUCCUGAUGCAUUUGGACCAUCCACCAGCCUUCAUGCGACGGUACCUUCACAGAUUCGACGUCCUAGUUCUCAACACUGGCCAUCACUGGAACCGCGGGAAGCUCAAAGCAAACCGCUGGGUGAUGUACAUCAACGGGAAGCCACUCGAAGACAAAGGACUCGUGGAUUUGCACACCGCCAAGAAUCUAACCGUUUGCAGUAUCGCCAGGUGGCUCGAUCAGCAGCUUCCUUCGCACCCUCGUCGCCUCAAGGUUUUUUUCAGGACCAUUUCGCCGAGGCAUUACCGUGAUGGGGACUGGAACACCGGUGGGAACUGUAAUAAUACCACUCCCAUGACUAGAGGGAGCGAAGUCUCGAAGGACGAAUCAAGUGAUGCAGUCAUUGCCUCUGCUGUUCAAGGGACGAGGAUAAAGCUUCUGGAUGUUACUGCACUAUCUGAGCUGAGAGACGAGGCUCACAUAUCUAACUACAGCGCGAAGACUACAAACAAUGUGAGUGAUUGCCUGCACUGGUGCCUGCCUGGCAUUCCUGACUCAUGGAAUGAGCUCUUGGCUGCACAGAUAUAGAAGGGUCAGGUUCUGAUACACUUAAUACGUAUCGUAUACAGUACACUUCACUACACAUUAUUUCAUUUGGACAUGAGAGUAGCUUCUGCAAAUUGGCGUGGUGAACCACUCACCAUUUACAGAUUACCUGGGAAAGCAAAACAUCUUCGCUGAGAUUGUUGUCAUUGGCAGUCAUUCCCUAUUCAUCGGUAAGGAUUACCCUCAGGACAUAAAUGAACUUCAG